AUGGGCCAGUUCAUCAGGACACCAUUAACCUGCCUGGGUGGUUUUGAAGUGUGGGAGGGAAGUUGGGAACAGGAGUACUCAAAGAAAACCACACAAACUCCAUCUUUACAUGUAGUGCCCGGGCAAGCAUCAUGCUCAGGAGAAUCCAAGAUUUAUUAUAGAAUUUCAAUUCAACUUAAGGAGGCACUCUAUAAAAUAGAGGACGCCGACAACAGGCCUAAACGCAAUAAUGUGAGGAUAUGUGGCCUGCCUGAGAGCAUUACAGAUGAUGAAGAUCCACCUAGAGACAUUAUUCUGCGCCAGAAUUUUCACCAGUGUGCACAGGAGGUUCUUCAGAAGCUGGGACUCGCUGACUCAUCCUCACAAACAAAUUUGCAAAACAAGCUAACCCCCUUAUGGAAGGAAGCUAAGGCUGGGUCACCUAAACCAGGGUUAACACCUUAUACGUUUAGUUGCAAGAAGAUGGCUCUGGCAAGUGGUCACUGGGUACAAAAAGAUGUUUUAGGAGACCCUCCAACUCCAAGGCAUGGACAUGCACUAGCAGUUGCUGGAAAUAUUGCUUUCAUAUUUGGAGGUUGUGCCACGAGUAGAUCACUGGAUGAAGAGCCAAUGUAUCUCAAUGAUUUCUACAUGUUGUCAAUUUCUCAGAGUGAUUUAACAUGGGAAGUUAUCCCACAGAAUGGUCAUAUCCCUUCUCCAAGAGAAGGACAUUCCAUGUGUGUUGUAAAAAGAAAAAUCUAUUUAUUUGGAGGCCGGUCUGAACAAAAUGCAAAUGAAAGCCUAUCAGGAAUGUAUGCAUUUGAUUUGGGAACUUUAGAAUGGAAGAAAUUAAUAGCAAAUGGAAAAGCGCCUGCUACCCUGUGGCACAGUGUUGCUGCUGUUGAUGAAAACAUAUUUGUUUUUGGUGGAUUGUGUCAUGGUAAAAUAAUGGAUGAUUUGUCCAUAUUCAACACAGUAUCAGAGAGCUGGGUGCCCAUAAAGACAACAGGCUCCAUACCUGAUGCUAGGAUGGGGCAUGCAUUUGCUACAGUUGGACAACAAAUAUACAUGUUUGGAGGCUGCUCCAGUGCAUUUGAUUACAACACGGAUGUAUAUGUGCUUGAUACAGCUACAUUGAUAUGGAAAUUGUGUGACGUGAAAGGAGAAAAACCAAGUGGACGAAAAAACCAUACAUUUACAGCACACCACGACAAGGAUAUUUACUUGUUUGGAGGAUUUCAAGAGUCGGAACAUGGUACCAAAAUGCUGAAAUACGACGUAAUGAAACUAAGUCUUGCAAAAAUGAAAUGGAAGAGGCCACUUUAUUUUGGAAUCCCUCCAGCAUGCAGAUAUGGCCAUACAGCUUUUGUUUUACACAGCCAUCUCUUUGUUUUUGGAGGAAAAAAUGAAGAUGGUGACUUCAAUGAUGUCAUGGGGAUGAAGCUUAUAAACCCAUCAGACAGACAACCUAUUAUGAAGGACAUUUUAAUUGAAUGUGGCAUCCAGGGAAUAAGCAAUGGAUUUACUCCAACAAAAAUCCCCAAAGUGAAAUAUGAACUAAGUGAGCCAGAACCACCAAGAAACAUCUCUCCAGCACUUUUUACAGAAAUAAAAGCUUGCAACUACAUAUCUGCUCGCAAUGAAGCAAUGGGCAAAAUCACUAUGGCUUUUGAUUUGCUAGACACAGAGUUUAAAAAACUUGACCUAGAACGAACAAGGUUUGCCCAAUCACAAGCUGCUUUCCAGCAAGAAAAACAGGCAUUCAACAAGCAAUAUCAAAUUCAGCAACAGGAAGUCCAAGAGAUGCUAGAAAAACAUAAGCUGCAAAAUGAAGCAUGGCUCAAAGCACGGGCAGAGGAAAAUGACAAGGAAAGAAUGGAGAUCAGUAAGCUAAGAGAAGAAAUUCUUCUGGAACAGAAAAAAAUAAAAGAAGAGCAGCAAGCCAUCGAAAAACGCAAUCAGCAACUUAUGUCGAUCAUGCAACAAUUUAAAGGAAUGUGAUUACUUAUUAUCUGCUCCCUUCAGAUGAAUCAGAUUUCCUUUGGAAAUGACAUUUUAAAUUGUGUUUCAUCUACCAGACACUAUGCUAUUACAAAAACCAUAUAUAUCUUAGGGCAGAGACACACACACACUGCUAUUUCUGGAGAUUAGUCGCCCGUCGACAAAUCGCUUCUUCUUCUAGAAUGUAAAUCAUUGGCAGGAUGGCACUUCGGGCGACUUCGGAAAACGAAUCGUUCUGAGUGACAUUGCGCCCCGCAGUUCGGGGGGAGAUUAGUCGCCCGAAGAAGAAUCGAUUUGUUGCUAGUCGACUAAUCUCGACUAACUUUUUUGUAUGUUAUAGAAUAGCUAAUUCUAAGCAACUUUUCAAUUGGCCUUCAUUAUUUAUUUUUAUAUUUAUUUUGU